AUGAGAAAAUGAAACUUAUUUUUUAAAUUCAUAACCCCUGAAUAAUUAUUUCUUGACAUUUAUGUCUCUGCUGUGAUCGAUAAACCUCAAAAUACAAACAUCUUUAUUUUUAUUUAUCUAAUGCUAUGGCAUUGAAAACAAAGAGACCAUGGCCCAUUAUCAAACAAAAGGCCUAGGGGGGAAUUUUCAGUACCGGUGUACUGUGACAGUGUGAGAUGUUUCCUGGUGUGUGAUUACCUUUUAGCGCAUGUGCAGUUUGAGGAGUCAGCUCACACCGUUAUGGAUACGGUGUGCAUUGACUCCCCGUCAUAGGAUUUUCCCUUAGAUUUUCUUACAGUCAAAUCGGUUUCUACAUUAUUAUCUCUACCAAUAUUUACAGUACUGUAUUAGUAUAUUACAUCAGGAGACAGUGUCGAGUUUCUAUUGUUUGUUUAUUUCGAUAAAAAGUAGAAAUACAAAUUGACUAAGGUGUGGAUUCACCAAUAAAGUGAGCCGUAGCACUUCACAUUGAUGGAAAAUACCUGAUGAUCAGAACAGUUCUAGGCUGUCCAGAGAAAUGGCACUCUUUUAGUUGUAACUACAAAAUGACCAGAUGAAUAAAGUGGACAAACAUUAGAGUUUACACAAUGUCAAGAAGAAAAUUAAAACGUAAAGAAUUAGAGAGUUUCCUGCAAGAUGUUGAUGUGUUUGAGAAACCUAAAGUUUUACUUGAACAAUAUCCAACUACACCACAUAUAGCAGCUUGUAUGUUACAUACUAUAGAUACACAAUACAAUCAAUUAGAAGAUAAAGCUGUAGUUGAUUUAGGUGUAGGUUGUGGUGUAUUGAGCAUUGGUGCUGCCAUGUUAGGAUGUGGAUCAGUUACAGGAUUUGACAUUGAUGAGGAUGCAUUGGUCACAUGUGCACAGAAUAUAGAGGAGUUUGAAAUUGAAAAUAUGGACCUAAUUCAAAUUGAUAUUUCCUCACUUCUCCCAAAUUGUGGAGAAUUUUAUAAAAAGUUUGAUGUUGCUAUAAUGAAUCCACCAUUUGGAACUAAACAUAAUACAGGUAUUGAUGUCAAGUUUUUGCAAGUUGGUUUAUCUCUAACUACAGAAGCUGUUUAUUCUCUUCAUAAAACAUCAACCAGAGAGUUUUUGAAAAAGAAAGCUGAAGAAUGGAAUGCAGAGUUUGAAGUGAUAGCAGAACUCCGAUUUAAUCUAGCAAAAACACUCAAAUUUCACAAAAAAGAAACUGUUGAUAUUGAAGUUGACUUUAUCAAAUUAUCACAUAAAGAAACCAAAUCCUGAUACUGGAUAAAUUUUUAUGUUGUGUACGUGUCGAAAUUUAACAGUAUUGGGAGAUAAAAAUACAGAGAUCUAACCAUUUGUGACUAUAAUUCAUUGAACAAUGCAUUCAAUUAUUUAAAGAUUUAUUAUAGGGAAAUAAAGACUGAAUCGGAUCUCCUUGUGUCAUCACAUACUGCAUAUCAAUACAUCACCCACCUUUAAUGAAUGCUGUACCCGUUACUGGUGAAGGUUACUAUAAAUACUACUUCACAUGUUGUAAAUGAUGUUUGAUAUACAUUUUAGUGCAAAAAUAGAAACUUGAGUUAUUGAAUUUCACCUAGAUAUUGACUGUUAAACAACCCAACAGAACAAGUUACAUUUAGUUCAGUGGUUGACAUAGAUUUAUUAUGUGUGAAAUGGAACUUAAAUGGCACCAUUAAAACUGUUCCAUAAAUUCUGACAUAUGAUUAAACCCCAAUAUCAUGAUAACAGAAGGAUUAACCCAGAAUAUGAGGCGUUAUUUUCCAUUAUGAUUACGUCUGGACAAUCCUAAUCCACAUGUCAUGAGGUCUACUUGUAGACAUAUCAAUUUACAGUACAAGACAUGGAAUAGCUGGAUUAAAUGUUAAUUUUCAGUUACACUACUUCGGCUUUGCUUUGAAGGAAAAUGAAGGCUAUUUUUUGCACUUAUUGGUUACAGCAGUCAAAUCACGUAUGCACAACAGAAUAAGUUAUUAUGCUUCUCUAAAAUCAUCUCUGCCUGUCUUUCACAAUGUAGGAAGGCACAUUAGAUGAGUCGGAUUUGUCAAACCCUUUCAAAUGUCAGGAUUCAGAGAAGAAGCAAUAUCCUCAAAAGGAAAGCAUUAUAUAAUUGCUAAUUAAGUAAAUAAAAUAAAACUAAUAGUAAUAAUGA